GACUUUCAUCCGGGUGACCAAGCCAUCAUCGCCAGCUGCGGCAUGGACAGUAGCAUCCGCGUGUGGAGCCUGCAAGAGUGCUGGCACGUGGUAGACCAGUCCUUCACCUGGACAGACCUCCCAUCCACGCCUCUCACGUACCUCUCCACCUUCUCUCCCUCUCUUUCUCUGUUUCACUCCUUCCCUUCACCAGAGUGCUGGCACGUGGUAGACCAGUCCUUCACCUGGACAGACCUCCCAUCCACGCCUCUCACGUACCUCUCCACCUUCUCUCCCUCUCUUUCUCUGUUUCACUCCUUCCCUUCACCAGAGUGCUGGCACGUGGUAGACCAGUCCUUCACUUGGACAGACCUCCCAUCCAAGUUCCCAACCAAGAUUCUACAGUACCCU